UGCCGAUUUGCCGAUUCUGCGCACUGUAAAGCUCUGCGAAAGAAGCCGGUCGAGAAGCUGGGAGCGCAAGUUUAGUUUUGAUAUAACUCAGCAGCAUUAUUUUGUAUUAGAUGAGACAUUUAUAAUGAAUCCCUGAGGAUGAUGGCACAGCAGGAUACACUGUUGAACCUCUUCGCUGGCGGGUGCGGGGGCACAGUGGGUGCUAUGGUUACAUGCCCCCUGGAAGUGAUCAAGACAAGACUCCAGUCCUCAGGCCUGACGCUUCGCCAGGUGUAUCUGUCCCAGGUACAGCUUGGCACCCUGAAUGGAACUAGCAUGGUUCGACCAACGCGGGUAGCACCUGGCCUUUUCCAAGUACUGAGGUCUAUAUUGGAAAAGGAGGGACCAAGAUCACUCUUCAGGGGUUUGGGUCCUAAUCUAGUUGGAGUUGCACCUUCAAGGGCAAUCUACUUUGCUGCCUACUCCAGAUCGAAGGAGGAGUUCAAUGCUGUCUUUGUGCCAAACAGCAACAUGGUUCACAUGUGCUCAGCUGGGUUUGCAGCCUUUGUUACGAAUUCACUUAUGAACCCAGUAUGGAUGGUGAAAACCAGAAUGCAGCUAGAAAGAAGGGUGCGGGGGGUGAAGCAGAUGAACGCAGUCCAGUGUGCAAAGUAUGUGUACCAGUCGGAAGGAGUCCGCGGAUUUUACAGAGGGCUCACAGCUUCAUACGCUGGGAUUUCAGAGACAAUGAUCUGUUUUGUUAUUUAUGAGUCCCUAAAGAAGAAUCUGGGAGAGAUAAGGUUAUCUUCGCCAACCAGAAACUCAAAAGAGAAAGGAGCUUCGGAUUUCCUGGGGCUGAUGAUUGCUGCUGCCUUUUCCAAGGGAUGUGCCUCCUGUAUAGCUUACCCACAUGAGGUGAUCCGGACGAGGCUACGUGAAGAGGGCAGCAAGUACAAGUACUUCUUUCAAACAGCGCGGCUUGUAGCCAUCGAGGAGGGCUACCCAGCCUUCUACAGAGGACUAAUAGCACAGCUCAUUCGACAGAUCCCAAACACAGCCAUCGUGCUGUCCACAUACGAACUCAUAGUGUACCUGCUUGGGAACCGCUCCACAAAUUAAUCAAGCAUGGGACAUUUCAGACAUGCUUCCUUGGGUUGCUGCUACUUUUCCCAGCACAAAGAAGGAGCAGUUUUGGAAGAUCAUAGGUUUUUUUUUUUUUUUUUUUUUUUUUUUUUUUUUUUAAUAUAAAAACACUUUUCAAAAGGUUGUUUGUAGAUGUGUUUAUGACACGUUUUCCAUCAACAGUUUUUGACUGAAGUAGAUCAUGCAUUUUAAUCCUGCAGUUAUAUGUAAAAACAUGACAUGGAAGCUAACCCAUCUAGAAGAUGUAAUGCAAACGCAAAGUGAUCCGAAAACCUGCUAUUUACGUUAUUUGUGUAAUUUGCUAAUUCAUUGGUUAAAGCAUGUUGAACUUUAUAUGCGCUGACGCAUUUUAUAAAAAGGCAUGGUCUGUGGCGAACCUACUGCUAGAGUAUUCAGGUCCAUAUUUAUAUAGAGACACAUUGAAGUACAUACACUGUAUCAUGCUGUCCUCAUUCUCUACAGCAGUGUUGUGGGGUGGGGAUUGGAAGUCUGCUUUUAUGUUUGUCCUGAUUUCGUCUGCAAGAGCACAGAUGAAGGGAGAACUUUUAUUUAAGUUAUUUUUAAUGCUACUUUGCUCGGCCCUCCUUCACAGGUUGUUUUCAUAACUUAGUUGAAAUUAUUUAUUUUUUUGUUAUAGGAAGCUUAAUUUGUUUUUAACAGAUAAGGGCCUAAUGCAUAUUGAAAACAAACUGGUUAAUUAAAGAUACAUUAAUCAAUGUACUUGUGGUGGUUGUGUUUUUCUUGUAUUUAUUUUGAUCUGCAUAAAUACUGAUAGUUAAGAUAUGUGGCAUGAUAUAAACUAUUGGCUAUUGCAUUACAGUUUUGAUUGUUUUACAUUCAAAAAUAGAAAUUCAGAUUUUUACUGGCUAGGACAUGUUUUACUGUACUAGUAUUAAAACUGUUUGACUUUAGGAUCAAGCAUGCAGAAUGUGAAAUGUUUUCUCCAGCAUAACUUGAUGCAUUCCUAGUAAUUGUGAAGUGUAAAGAAAUUAUACAUACAGUGCUACUAUGCCAGCAAUGGUCACAGGUCACACAAACAGUGGGGGAUUGUCGCACUAAAGUUUAAAAUAGCUGUAAAUAGUACAUGUAUACUGUAAUUGUUUUUGGUUUUUUUAUUCUGCCAAUGGGGAUUUCAAAAGCAAAGUUUUCAGCAAGAACAAUACAGCAGUAUUCAGAACACAAGUUUAGCAUCAUCUUCCUGCACUGAAGUUGUUUUUCACUAACUUUACAAUUGUACAAUGUAUUAAACAUUCAUGUGUUCA